AUGAAUAUCGUAACGUUACGUCGAACAAGCAGUGAGUUGUUCUCAACUGCAUCAAUAUUCUGUCGUCUACCUUACGCCGACUGUCCUUAUCGCCCCUACCGCGCAAGCUCCGGCUGGCUAAUCUUUGACAACUUGGCUCCUAUUCCAAGAACUUGUACCGAUCAGAGCGAAAAACCAGCCAUUGGUUCCCGACUUGUAUCAUCAGCCUAG